ACUUACCGUGAGUUAUAUUAUUAAAAGUUAUUGUCGAAAUCAAUAAUUAGGAUUGUGACACUUUUUUCAACAACAUGUUUUUUGUUGUUGAAAAUAUGUUAAAAAGAAUUAUCAAUUUAAUUUGUUUGUUUCUUCUAAUUAAUGUUAGGAUGCCGAUGUAAUGUGGUUAAGGAACCCAUUCCUAAGGCUAAGCAGGAACGGCACGGACGACCUCCAAAUCAGCGUAGACAAAUUCAACGGUAACCCACGAUCGGAGGAGAAUCCGAUCAACACUGGUUUCUAUUACAUCAUGUCAAACAACAAGACUAUCUCAUUGUUCGAUGCAUGGUAUGCCCAAAAGGACAACUCCACGGGGAAGAAAGAACAAGAUGUGUUGUCGGACCUGAUGAAGGCCGGAAUAUUUGGGAAGUUAGGCCUACGGGUCAGGUUCUUGGACACCAAGUACUUCAGUGGAUUUUGUGAAAACAGCAAAGAUAUUUGGGCCGUUUCCACCGUCCAUGCAAACUGUUACCGCCACAUAAUGGCCAAGCUCCGGGAUCUGAAGGUUGUUCUCCGUGACUGGAAGCAGUUUAAGGCGGCUCUAAACAAGAAUUCCAGUGUUGCUGUGAAUGAAACAAUGAAUUUUCGAUGGACGGCACACACCGAAUGUUUGAAGUCAUGGACAUAUAAAUGAUAAUUUACGUGUAACCUUUUUUUUUUAUUAUUAAUAAAUAAAAAAAUCAACAAUGCAGUUUGUGGGUUGUUCCACCAUCUGUUAAUUAAGUGUUAAGUUAGGA